ACUAACUUGAGGCAAGGCCGUUUGAGUCAUCGUCUCCGUCAUCCUGAGCUGGUUUCUGUAAUCAUCGGCGAAAUUCAUAGCAUUCAAUUAUACGUUACUAACUUUCAGCUAAGAAAACCUGAAAAUUGAGCCCAAGAAAGCAAAGACUUACAGUCUGUUUCAGAGAGAACGACAUGUCGUUCCUCGUGCCAUCGUCCCUGUCAAGCACACAAAACCUCAGUGAACCCUAGUAUUUGGCGGAAGAGUAAACAGAGAGAAAGAAACGCACCAGAGGAAGACUUCGGUGAGCUUCAACAGAGAUCCGAGAGCUCUCAUAGCCGGCCCUUCCUCUUCAGCUUCAACCAUCUCUACUCCGUCGCAGUCUCAGGCUUCGACUUAUUCGGCGUCCUCGUUUUUAUAGCUCCGGCGUAAAGCGAAACGACGCCGUCUGCUCUAGGAGGAAAAGAAAAAAGAAAAAGUAAAACGGUGCGUUUUGGUGAGGUGACAGGGUUUAAGAAAAAAGCGAGGACGCGGAGGAGAAAGAAAAUUGAAGGAGAAAAAUGGAAGACGAGGAAAUAGAGGAGGGGAUGCUGGUGGAGGAAGAAGCUGCUCCGCCGCGGCCGGAGAAGUCGCCGUACGAAGUUUUGCGAGAGAGCAAAUCUUCGGUGGAAGACGUAGUUGCCAGAAUGCUCUCCAUCAAAAAAGAAGGCAAACCUAAAUCGGAGGUCCGUGAGCUCGUCACUCAGAUGUUCCUCAACUUCGUCACUCUCCGCCAGGCGAACCGUUCGAUCUUGCUUGAGGAGGACCGCGUGAAAUCGGAGACGGAGAGCGCGAAGGCUCCGGUGGACAUGACGACGUUGCAGCUCCACAAUUUGAUGUACGAGAAGAGUCACUACGUGAAGGCCAUCAAAGCUUGCAAAGAUUUCAAGUCCAAGUACCCGGACAUCGACCUUGUGCCGGAAGAAGAGUUCUUCCGGGAUGCUCCGGCGAGUAUCAAAGAGCCAACAUUGUCAAACGACGCGGCGCAGGACCUGAUGCUCAAGAGGCUCAAUUUCGAGCUACAUCAGCGGAAGGAGCUGUGUAAGCUUAAUGAGAAGCUGGAGAUGCAUAAGAAGGGGUUGCAGGAGACGAUUGCGAGUCGGAAGAAGUUCUUGAACAGUCUUCCCUCGCACCUCAAGUCUCUGAAGAAGGCGUCACUGCCGGUGCAGAAUCAGUUUGGAAAUAUGCACACGAAGAAGCUCAAACAGCAUCACUCGGCCAAGUUGCUGCCGCCACCUCUCUAUGUGGUUUACUCGCAGUUCUCGGCGCAGAAGGAAGCUUUUGAAGAACAGAUUGAUUUGGAGAUUGUUGGAAGUGUGAAGGAUGCUCAAGCUUUUGUGCACCAGCAAGCAAAUAGAGACACAGGUGUUUCUACAAAUGGAGAGGCUAGUAGGUUAGAUGAUGAUGCACCAGAUGAGGAAGAUGAUGGGCAGAGAAGGAGAAAGAGACCCAAGAGAGCUCCAACCAAGCAGAACCCUGAUCAAUCAGGAGUAUAUCAAUUGCACCCGUUGAAAGUUAUUCUUCAUGUUUAUGACAAUGAGGCUUCUGAUCCUAAGUCUGCAAAACUAGUAACCCUCAAGUUUGAGUAUUUGUUGAAGUUGAAUGUUGUCUGUGUUGGAGUUGAAGGAUCUCAUGAGGCAGCGGAGAAUAACAUCUUAUGUAACCUAUUCCCAGAUGACACUGGCCUUGAGCUUCCCCAUCAGUCAGCCAAGCUUAUUGUUGAUGGGACUCCUGCAUUUGAUGAAAAGAGAACAUCCCGUCCAUAUAAGUGGGCCCAGCAUUUGGCUGGAAUUGAUUUUUUGCCUGAGGUGUCACCUUUGCUUGCUGUCCAUGAUGCUCCAACCAGUGCCAUAACUAAAACUGAUGCUGUUAUGUCUGGUCUGUCGCUUUAUCGCCAGCAAAAUCGAGUACAGACAGUUGUACGUAGAAUUCGCUCUCGGAAGAAAGCUCAGAUGGCUCUUGUGGAACAGCUUGAAUCACUCAUGAAGCUUAAAUGGCCAGCUUUGUCUUGUAAAAGUGUUCCAUGGGCUUUGCAUGCUCCUCUGUGCAAAUUACAUGGUUGUUCACCUGUAGGACCUCCACCUACUCCGGCAUCAUCUUUGUCGGCCAUAGAUAAGGAGCAGGUUCAGGAACCUAUAGAUGCUGAUUCAGUUGGGCGAUCUGGUUCUUCAAAGGAAGAGCUGGAGAGUAUGAGGGAAGAUGGGGAACUUCCAUCUUUGGUUCAAGUUGCAUCAGUCAGUGAUGAUAAACUUGUUCAGCACAAAGGAGACUCUAGGAGGCUAUCAUUACUUUCGAAAAGACCUCCCGUCAGUACUGCAAAGCCACUAAGUUAUAAAAGACAUAAUGAAGAAUUAGAUUUUUUGCUGGAUACUGAAAGUGAUGUGGAUGAAGCUGCACAUAUUACGCCAGAAGAAGAAAAUGGGGUGCCUAUCCAAUGCUUUGAGGUGGCUGGAAAUUCAUGGGUGGAUUUCGGGACAAGGGAAUUUCGUCUUGUUUUAACCAGGAGAAUAGACUCAGAGAAGAGGAAUGUGAAGUUAGAAGCCAAGAUUAAGAUCAGCAUGGAGUAUCCUUUGAGGCCUCCCUUUUUUACAUUGAGUCUUUGCACUAUGUCUGGAGAAAAUCAUUAUGUGAGUGAUGAUUCUGAGUUGUACAAUGAACUUCGUGCAAUGGAAGCCGAGGUCAAUCUUCACAUUGUAAAGAUGUUAUCUCAAAAUGAAGAAAAUAAUAUCCUAGGUCAUCAAGUUUGUUGUCUAGCAAUGUUGUUCGACUAUUACAUGGACGAAGCAUCCCCAUCUUCUGAGAAGAGAAAGAGUACAUCAGUGGUUGAUGUUGGAUUGUGUAAGCCUGUUAGUGGUCAGCUUAUUGCCAGAUCAUUUAGAGGAAGGGAUCGCAGGAAGAUGAUAUCCUGGAAGGAUAUGGAAUGCAAUCCUGGCUAUCCAUACUAGAUGUAUAACUUCGGUAACUAUAAUCUCUGAUUAUGGCAAAACUGUUGCCGGCGAUUGCUGUGUCAUUAAGCAAUUGACAGAAGAAAGCAGAGAAGGAUAUUUAUUCUAUCUAUUACAACAGAUUUUCUUUCUCGUCCAAAACCUUAUUUUGGUUAGUGUUCUACUGUUGAGUAUUAUUAUUUCCA